AUGGAUGAAGGGAUGAAGAGAAGAAUGCCGAGUCAGAAAAGUAAUAUCGACGGGGGAUGGAACCAAUCGUAUAUCAAAGAGCAGUGGGAAGAACUUCUUACCUCUCUGGAUGCACAGUUUGAAAAGUGUUUCUUCCAAAAUCCUAAAGAUAUCGGAACUGGGGAUUUACAGCGCAAGCUUAAGAAUUCAAAGAUUACCUGGCUAUGUUGCGACAUUGCAUGGAUUCUCGAGGAACUAACUCUCGAAGAAACAAUCAAUUUUUAUUGUGCAAGCUUCGAAGAUGGAGUCCUAAGUUGUGGCCAGAAGACCAACUUCGACGCAAUCCGAACGACUCUAAUGGGUACUACGAUCACUUACCCCUCCUCUUUUUAA